AAAGCUCAGUAGUCUUUAGUGCAUGUUUUGCAAACCAAUGGCAGCAACAUGAGUGGAGCCCAACAGGACAGAGCAAUGACGGCAGACAGCCUCCCUCUGAACGGGACAGCAGCUUUGGGACUACAUGACCAAGAGAUUAACUCAGCUCUGCUCGAGUUCAAAGUGUUUAACAUUGUCGUCACUGCCUUGGCCUUGUGUAUCCUCACCAUCACCGGCCUGUACUGCAUCACUGUCUGCUACAACCGCAGAAGGCAGUCAAAGAGAGCUCACGUCUAUGAGAGUGCAGUGACCCGAGGCGAGUCUCUGGACCCGGUGGCGGUCAAAGCGGUGAAGAGGUCGACCAGCUUCCUCAACCCUCUGGCCUUCUUCAGGAAAUCAGAGGCAGCAAAGGACAACUCCAGGAUCUAUUACAUCUACAGCAACCCGCUGCCUGUAGGACUGAAGGAGGAAGAGGAGCAGGGGGGCACCAGUGCCCAAGAGAAGCAAAGUGCACUGUCGCUGCCACUGUCGUUUCAGGAAUACGCCGAUGAUCCAAAGAGUGGCGUCAUCCUGGACCCGCCGAUGUUUUACAUGCAGCUUUAGAUGGUGGUGAAGUGGGGAGGGAAGGCAUCAAGGCUGAACACACACACCAGCAUGUGAAAGGUCUGAAGUUUGACUCAUGCAGGUAUAUCAUUCAGAAGUUAUCCUAUCAUGUAGAGGGCAUUAAUGGGGCAAUUAAGUUCACUUAUCAGGACUCAACAUGUAAACAACUGUUGUAUAACUUCCUUUAGCUCAAGUUUGAGAACAUAACCGUAAUGAUGUCACUGUGAGGUCAUCAGGAUUAUCUCAGCACAGGUUUGGAGACUACCUGGAGAGUCAGGUCUUGAGAUGUUGAGUGUUUAGUUGCACUAUGGGAAAUGUGGAAACCUAAUUACUUUCAAAUUCACUGUUUUUGAGAAUGCAAAAAUUGUGGGUGCCUGCAAAAGGAGCCCAAGAUUUGUAUCUGAUACUGGACCAUAUGACUGCAUUGGAUGCCACUUUAAAAAAACAUAC